AUGGACGAUACAUCUGAUGUCGUCCCUGCAGUGAAGGGGCGAAGAUUUCAGACAGCGAAUGCUGUGCUCCGAGAGGGAUUCGUGGAACUCGAACGUAUGAUUCAAGAUCUAAGUAGCAAAACAGCCAUCCCCACUCAUCAGAUCGUCAUACUUUGGAACAAGAGCCAUGCGCGCUCCACCAGUACUGUCAACCAUUGGAACGCUUACAGUAGUUACUUCAAGGACCACCUCAAGGACGAGCUUGCGAGGCUCGGCAGGAGGGCCCCCGAGAUUCAUGGCACACCAAGUGCCACUGUGCGCCGUAAUUGCUAUGAACUCUUCAAGGCAGCAUUCCCGGACAAGUGGCAAAACAUCCUCGAGCUUCAUGAACAGUCAGCGAUGCUCCUGGGUAUUCCUCAGACGGUUGCUAUGCGGGGUCAAGAGUUCCACAAAUUUGGCACAAAGAUCUCUGGCCUUGGUAGACAGAUGGACUCUGCAGCAGCUCGCUAUGGCUUUGAGGCUGCUUUUGUAGCGUGCGGAAAAGUCGUUAAUCAAGACGGCUCGCUGGGCCUAGCCCAUACGACACCUGGAGCUGAGGUUUGGAAAUCGCGCUGUAGGGCUGAUGAAGAUACUAUCAUCGGUCACUUGAAAGCCCAGGUAUAUAACCUGACAUCACUCGGUGUCGUCGAAGAGGCCUUUGAUGAAGACAGCAUUGGGAUCGAUGCCAACGUACGCGGGGCUUCAGUCCCCCCUUCAGAAUCUCUCGACAUUUCCAAGCAUGGAAUCAAGUGGAUCAAGGAUGAGUUGCAUCGUCAAAUUGAUGCACUGGGCGGAAAACUAACGUCCAACAAGAUUUUUCCGUGGAAGACACUGCCAUCGGAGCUCACGCGUAUGUCAAUGAUCAUCAAAGGAUAUCCGGAGGACAUGCUCCUCCCAGGUGGUUUUCAUACCACCGUAAAUAAAGGUAUCGCAAACCUGACUCUGAAGGAGACCGGCAUUGUCAUCGCAGCCUUGAAGGCGGGGACCAUGAGCAUCAAAAAAAUUGCCGAAGCUAAGCGAGCUAAAGUCCUCACUUCUGAGUGCCCAGUAGUGGAGGGCGCGCCUCCUGCAGCAGAUUCGGUUCAUACUGCAGGACGUCGCCUUUUUGUGAAUGGCAAAUCGGAUCGCCUGGGUGCUCUGCGCCUGAAGCAGAGCACAGCUACUUCCAUAGUCAAAGGCAAAACAUCAAAGAAAGCAUCGGCACUGCCUGCUUCCACAACAUCUCUUGCUGACGAGUCCGAUGACGAACCAGCGUCCUCCCCCUCCCGAGAAUUCAAAGUCGUUAAGUGCCCGACGGGCCAGAAGAAGGUCGACAAGGAGGUCAUUUCCUUGGCAUCUAGUGAUACUCCGUCUGGCUCAGAGGACCUAGAUGAAAACCUGGAGGAAUCAGUGGUUCUCGACUCCGAUUACCAAGAUGAUGUUUCCUCCAAGAAGCGGAAGGCGAAAUCCGAAGGCGCCUCGCGAGCAUCCAAAAAGAGGUCACCGUCUGUUGCGCCUGCAGAGAAGGCAGUCUCAGCAAAGAAGAUGAAAGCCAAACCUGCUAAACGUCUGCUUAAUGGUUCGUCAGCUCAAGAGCAUCCUGUGACUGCAGUCGAUCCCAUCGUGGAUAAUGACGUCGAUGCUCCUGACGGUAGUGCCGUCAACAAAGCUGCAGCAGAGACUCGCUCGAGCAAUGCUGAUGCUACCAACAGCCUCCCCACACGUCCCUUGCCUCCCUCGCCAACUCGUCAUGCUUCGGUAGACUUAUUCCCGGACAACAUCCGCGGGGAAUCUCUUGGGCCAGCAGCUAAGUCGCCUCUCAUGCAACCUCCAUCCCUGCAGCCUGCGACAAUUCACGACCAACCCAUUGGGCGCAGGGAGCCUCGGCGUACCGAAUCCGAGAUGGCGGCUGCACCUACCGACGGAGACUUUAAUGCCGAGAGUCACUCCAUGACGCGGGCGCACGAUGCAGACAUGAGACCAGGGAUGUAUGGUCCACGCCCAAGGGGUCCAAUGCCAUCGCGCUAUGGACAAGGCUUUGCUCGUUACCCGCCGCCCGAAUAUUACCAUGACUCCCGUAUGGCUCAUGCCCCCCAGCCCCCCCAUGGUCCUCAGCCUCAGUAUCACGGUGAUUACCAUGAUGCUCCCUACCACAAUUCUCACGAUGGAUACGACGGUUAUGUCGAGACUUAUUGGCACCCUCCCAGCAGUGCAUAUUUUGGUCCACAAGGCAGAUACCAGCAUGGGUAUGGGCGUGAGUAUCCUAACGAGUACCCCAAGGACCAGGAGGAUUGA